GCACACCAUAUCCACCGAGCGAAAACCAACCAAACAAACAAAAGCAAAGCACUGCCCCCGUAAGCCUUCCCCUGUGCGUUCUUCUUCCUCCCGUGCUUUCCCAUCGAAACAGCAUCCCAAUUACGCCCGUAAACAUGCAGCAUAGCCUCAUCCCUGGCCACAACAACAACCGCCACCUCAACUACGACGAGGUGGAGAACAACAUCGGCGGCCUCCCUGUGACCGACAACCGCAUUCAGGACCUCUUUGACUCCCUCGAUGUCGAGCACACCGGGACUGUGCCGGUGGAGGUUCUGAAGAAGUUUUACGUGAACCUUGAGCACUACGGUGUGACGCCGACGGAGAAGGAAGUGGAUGAGAAGGUGCGCAAGUACGCCAAGACAAACGACGACUCGCUCACCUACGACGAGUUUGCGUGCUUUGUGCUGAGUCUCGCUCAGUGGUAGUUACAAUGUACAUACACGGUAGACAAGAAUGCACGGCGUGUGCAUAGCUCUAAUUCAAACAAAUUAUGUUCCAAUGAUGUAUCAUCCAUUUUUUAUCCUCACCAGGGUUUCUUUUUUCUUUUCUUUUUUUUUUCUUGUCUUUUCACCUAGUUAAGUCUUCGUACAAAGAACUCAGCGUCGGGGAGAGGUGCUGGCAAGCCAAAGUGCAAUUAUGCACUCAAAGCAACAUGUUUCCUCCCUUCCCUACUGCAGGUGUUUCGUUUGAAUUACCAACAAAAUGAGAACGAGACACUCAGCGUGUCUCUUUUCGAGCUGAGUCUGGGCCUUUUUCUAAAGAAAAAAAAACCCUACGCUGUAUUUCUGUGAUGUUUUUUUUUUCGAAAGGAAAUCUAUG